GCUUCCGUCUUCAUAUUGUCCAUAUUAGGCUUAUCUAUGAAUAACAUAACAUCAUCUAUCUCCAAGUCUGACACUCUUGUCUCGUAACAUUCAUCUAUUUCAACCUGUUUGCCAAUCUUGAACCUCUGUCGUCACCCGUAAGUCACUGAACGUGCGUAUCGCAGACUCGUAACAAUGCAGCGGGGUGGGGAUGAAAGUGCGAAGAAGAAAUGGAUAAUGCUCGGUAGGCUAUAGACCCGCCCUUCUUCUGUGCCAACCUUUUGUUUUGGCCGAAUCUCCGAUGUAAUUCGAUGACAGAGAACAACCCUGAUGUUAUGAAUCAACUCGCAGCGAAGCUGGGUGUUUCACCUGAGUUGCAAUUCUACGACGUAUAUUCACUAGAUGAGUACGAGCUACUGGCACAUAUUCCUCGACCCGCCUUCGCGCUUCUUGUAAUCAUUCCUCUCAGCCCAGCGUGGGACAAAGAUCGAAUGGAUGAAGAUGCCGAGACUGAAGACUAUGCCGGGUUUGGCUCAGGAGAACCAGUCAUCUGGUUCAAGCAGACCAUAGGCAAUGCAUGCGGAUCAAUUGGUCUUCUUCACAGCGUCGUGAACGGCCCAGCUGUAGAUUUCAUCAAUCCAAACUCAGAUCUCGCAGACAUACGUGAACGCGCCAUACCGCUUGACAUGACAUCACGUGCGAAGAUGCUUUAUGAUAAUGGAUCUUUUGAGACAGCCCAUAAGUCUGUUGAGCUGGUUGGAGACACAAGUGCUGCCCACAUGGAUGGGCACGCCGGUCAGCAUUUUGUCAGUUACGUCAAAUCCAAAGGCAAACUUUGGGAACUGGAAGGCUCGAGAAAAGGCCCUAUCGAUAGAGGGGAACUUGCAGAAGACGAAGACGUUCUUAGUCCAAGAGCACUUGAACUGGGACUGAAAAGGAUCAUGAAGGUGGAGAGCGAUGCUGGGGGAGGAGAUCUUCGCUUCAGCUGCAUUGCGCUGAGCCGGAAGCAAUAGACUUCAAAGGAAGUCGCACCACAAUUCGGCGGCGAACGCAGCACCACUAUAUCAGAGUGUUCAUUAUAAUUAUUUUUCCGGCACAGCGCCAUCGCCAUAUGGCUUCCCGUGAUUCAUUAUUCGUAGCUACUUCCGUGUUCAUGUAACACUCUUCUUGCAGCAGUAUACUGGUGUAUCUGACAAC